UAUUAAAACAGGUUUCUUUGAUCUGUAUUUUAUUAUUUUCUAUUAAGUACAAUUUUUUCUAAAAUAUAAUAAUUUUUUCAGAAUAGAAUGAUUUCAGUCUAAAAAAAGCUUGAGUUUGAAGAUAAAUUUUUUAUUAGAUUAAUCUUGAAUUAAAGAAUGGUGAAACCUUGGUGAUGUUUUCUCUCCAUGCAGAUCUUGAUAACUUGGAGAACCCAACCCAGGGGGGGAGAUGAAUCACAGCGGAGCAGGUGUAGUUGAGAGAGCAUCUAAAGAGUUAUCAAGACGUUUUUCAUCCCUUGCCGCCCGCACUCGACGGGGUUCAACACAGAAACAUGAACGCCUCGUAGAGAUUCCAGAGACGGAUAGAGAAGGAAAGGCCGAGGCGGACCAAUUGAACGGCAAUGGUGAUUGGGCGGGUGAAAGUGUCCACGCCCCUCUCCAACCCACGCCCAGUAUGGGCAUCACACGGGGUGCUGUUAUGGACAAGGUGACCAACAUUUUCUCUAACUGCGACAAUACAAUCAUGGGUAACUCUAGUACGAAAGACAAGGACAAGGAUAUCAACGGAAUUAAUAUUCCAAAGGGAGCCGUGGCGAAUGGUCGGGCCAAGUUUGAAAACACUAAAAUAAGUCCCGAGAAACCAAUGAGGUUCUUCAGCAGAUCACGUCCCGGAACCCCACUACUUCCUGUAAAAGCGCCAAAGGUACCUGCCCCCCCUGAGCCGAUAACGCCAGGUCCAGUAAAGAAGAAAUCAAACUCAAAUUGUUCAGAGGAGCUUAUUCAGAACAGUCCGAAUACCCCAGAGAAAGUGUCCUGUGAAUCAGUUACCAGAAGCAUCCAGAAAUCUAAAUGUUGGGUUGAGUGGGAAGAAAUGUGGAAGGAACCAAGAUUCCUCAGUAUUUUUUUCGCUCAUUUUUCGGUAUCGGAAAGAACUAUCUUGGCCCAGGUUUGUAAAAAAUGGCGUGAGGUUAUUUACCAGCCACCAUUUUGGAAACAUGUGCGGCCUGUGCUUCAUUGCCGCGAGUUGCGCACUUGGAACGUUACAGAGGAAUGGAUAGAGGCAAAGAAAAGCUUCUAUCUAUCCAUCAAACUACGGGGUUGCGACAAUAUUUGUCUUCUACACGCCAGUGACAGUGAUGUGUUUGAUUUUAUCCAGAAUUAUCCGCAUGGUGCGAAGAACAUUAGCACCCUGUGUCUCCGCUGUUGCAACCUAACAGAUCGAGGAUUGGAAGCCCUGCUUGAGUUUCUUCAAGGGCUUUACUCCCUGGAGAUCAAUGGGUGCAACGAAAUCACAGAACAGGGCCUUUGGUCCUCCCUUCAGCCGAGGCUAGUCUCCCUAACUGUAACGGACUGCAUAAACGUGGCUGAUGAAUGUAUAUGCGCCAUCACACAACUGUUACCUGCUCUUUAUGAAUUUAACCUACAGGCGUAUCAUGUUACGGACUCCGCCCUCUCAUACUUCUCCCCCAAACAAAGCUCUACUUUGAACGUGAUGAGGUUACAGUCCUGCUGGGAAAUAACAAAUCAUGGUCUGGUUAACAUAGUUCAUUCCCUACCUAACCUUACUGUGCUAUCUCUGUCGGGGUGUUCUAAGGUAACAGAUGACGGGAUAGAGCUGAUAGCAGAGAACCUGCGCAAGCUUGUAUCUCUGGAUUUGUCUUGGUGUCCCCGUGUCACUGAUGCAGCCCUUGAAUAUAUCGCCUGCGAUCUGACGCAUCUUGAGGAACUGACGCUAGACAGGUGUGUUCAUAUAAGUGAUAUUGGGGUAGGAUAUAUAUCCACUAUGCUGGCUCUUCAUUCACUUUUUCUCAGAUGGUGUACCCAGAUCAGGGACUUUGGGCUACAACAUGUUUGUGGAAUGCGAAAUAUUCAUGUACUAUCUGUGGCAGGAUGCGCACAGCUAACAUCCAGUGGAUUAUCAAACCUGCUUCAGUUGCGGCAACUUGAAGAACUUGAACUUACCAAUUGUCCUGGCUCAACUAGUGAGCUAGUUUUAUAUCUGAGAGAAAAUCUACCAAAUUGUCUUAUUGUCGAUUAGUAGAGCAAUUUACAAAUGCCUAGAUCCUCAAGUUGUGAAAUAACUAUUUAGAAACGAGUUAAAACUAUAUUGAAAUCUCAAAUUUCUGGUGUAAAUAAACUGCAAAGCUAAGGCUCUGGAGAAACUCAA